AUGCUAACCAGCAAGCCUUCGGACAAGCUCCAGGAUGGCCAGCGCCGAAUGGGCAAGCGCAGUAUCUGCCAGUCCAUCAAUACAAUGCCUAUAGGCUAUGAUCCUAAUGCCACGCCGACACCCACCUCAGUGCAAAUGGCCACAGCGCCAGCCCCUCAUUUGUUCCUUGCUUGGGAUGACUGGGAUUUCGAUUUCGAGGGUGCGAUCUGGCCGAAGAGCAACGAGCCUGUGGACCCUAACCUCAGCUUGGGGGUUAUAAUUUGGCAUCCCGCAAAGCAGGUGACGCGUGCACUGCCAUCCACGUUUGAUCAAGCCGAGGAUCAAGCCCUGAAGCCUGCGCCAGAGAAACUGGACAACGGCGAGUCUGUGUCUGUCUAUUUCAUGGCUGAAAACUCGCACGAAGCUUUCCUGGAUGACGACCCGAUCUUUGUUGUCUUCAGUGACGAGGACAUGGAACAAAAUCUGGUGUCACUGGAGGACUGUAUCGCUCAGCGCGACCGUCCAGACGAAGAGACAAUCGUGCAUCAGGGAGAUGACGACGAGGAAAUGCCAGACGCUUCCUGGAGUCCUCGGGACCGCAGCCAUCCCCGCCUUCUCAUGAUGCGCAGGAAGAUAUCCUUGCCAAACUGGGCGUCACUGGCGCACCUAAGCCGCCCACUGAAGGGUCUGAACAGCCACCUUUUCCGAUGGCCCAUGAACCACAAGGCUCGGUGCCUGGGAAGCAUGAACCAGCUCCUCUGUCAGGCUGCCAUCGGGAUUGCCGCUACCUCCAACGAGGUCGCAGUCGUUUGGUGGACCGAGAGACCACGAGAUCCAUGGAACCAAGCACACACAGGCGGAGGCUUUGACAGCUCUAGGGGAAGCCCCGCUCCUUCGGAGGGUAGCAACCAUACCAUGGCAGGCUCUGACUUCGAGCCGGACAAGCCUGUCAUAAAGGAAGACGGCUCUGACGGCCCCACCCUCACCAGAAGUGGCAGUUCUUUCUCUCGGAAGAGGAGCUACGAGGAUGCUGAUCAUGGCGACGAGAAGCUACGUCAACAGGACGACUACACAAAGCGGAAGCGCAGAUCACAAGUCGAAUCUGCCUACAGGUGA